AUGAAGCUAGGUCACCAUAGGGACUGGAUGCAGAAAGAGAACUCUGCCCAUACGUCACCUUGGUUUGAAACAUUUCUUCUGGCUGAGUCAGUGGAAGAAAUUACUGUGCCAAACACCCACAGAAAUUUGCUUGAAGGGCUUUGUGGCAACUUUGACGGGCAAAGCUCAAAUGACUUUACCAGUCCUGAUGGCAGUCUGAUUAGAGAUGUAGAGCCAUUUGGUGAAAGCUGGAAUGUUAAAUCACUCAGUAGAGCUACUAGGGUCAGACGUGCUGCUGUGAUGCCAUUUGAAGAAGAUAUCCCAUUAAACACAGGAGACAAUUUUGCCUGUUCAGCAUCUGGUCUGAACUUUGUUAACAGCUCUUCAUUCUGUGGAGUUAUGAGAGACCCGCUUGGACCAUUUAGAUAUUGUAACAAUUUUGUACCACCAGAUGAUUUCAUUGAGGACUGCCUCUUUGACACAUGCGCUGAGUUCCAAAGCAAAGAGUUAUUAUGUAUUAACCUUGAGCAGUACGCAUAUGCCUGCCAGCAAAACGAAAGCACUGUUGAUGGCUGGAGAGAUUGGACUGGCUGUGCUUUGACCUGCCCUGCUAACAGUGUUUACAAAGACUGCAUGAGUGCCUGUCCUGCAUCCUGCAGCAACAUGGCAUCAGAGUCUGAAUGUGAGGCGCCGUGCACUGAAGGAUGCCAGUGUGAGCCUGGGUACAUACUCAGUGGAUAUGACUGUGUGCCGUACAAAGAUUGUGGCUGUACUUACCUCAAUAAAUAUUACAAGUUUCCCUACAAACAGCAUCCUCAAUAG